AUGUCCACAAAUGUACCGGAAAUAUCAAUAACUGCUGAGUCACACCAUGAAGAAAGCUGCGAACGCCACCAUACCUCGUCAUCGUCCGAUUCUGAGGAUAAUUCUGAUUCAUAUAGUAAUGACAUGGACUAUAAUCAAAAUUAUGGCGGUGGUCUGACCGAUGUUGAAGAUUUUGAUAGUUAUGCAGAUGUGGAGAGACCUCGUUCUAGAAGGUCAUCGAAGAAUAGCCUGGCAGUUGCAAAAGACUCAGCUACCACUCAGGGCGAUGUGACAGAUGUUGAAGAUUAUAAUGAUAGCGAGGCAGAUGAAGAGGAUGAUAGAAGUGUAGUUUAUCCAGAGUUGAAGUUGUCAUUGCGGGAGUUUCUGCAACAUGACGUAGCAACAGAACUUUUAUCGACUAGUAACGGAUUGAAGGAGAUGGUGGAACAUAAAUCCGGCGACUUUUUGCAAGCCCAAAAUCUAAAUACACUUAACGAUUAUUUAACCGAUUGUGAGGACUACAAUACAGACUCAGAAAUGGAAAACAAUUACGAGAAGUCAGUAUGUGUUGAUUUGAAUGAGACCUUUGUGGAACAAGGUCGGGUUAAUAUAGCAGAUACAACCGUAAACACAAAAGAUAAUGAGGACUACGACUAUGACUAUGACGAAAUUUCUGGUGUAAGUGAUAUGGCAUCGGCUGUAUCCGAUAUUGCGGGAAAGGAACAACAUGAUAUUUCGGAAGAUGAAGUUCUAGAGUUAUCUGGUGAUGAGGAAAUUUGCCAAAUUUCAUGUUCAGAUUCCGAGUCUAUAUCAAAUCAAGGAAAUCUUUCAGAAGAAGACUUGCUUAGUAGUGUUAGUGUUGCACCACCAUUAGAUGUGGCAUUCAUACACACCACAAAUAGGCCCCAGCUAAGAAAUGAUCCACUUGUACAGGGUGCCUCAGCGAAGGGUGACUUCUGUAGGAAAAUGUUUCUAGAUGUAAAAGAAAACAGGAAGGAAGAUGUUCUAACCGAUAUUGAACGCUUUGAUGAUUCGGUCGCAGAAGGCGAUGAUGAUGAUGAUAGUUUUGAUGGUGAUGACGAUAACCAACAACCCAUACCGCAAGCUGUUAUUAUGGCCGCAGGUGAUGAUGGUGGAUGUAUCACAGACUGCGAAGACUUACUUUGUGAUGACAUGUCCGAAACAGCACCCUCAAAUCAUGCGCCAGCACUUUCUGUUGACCUUAAUUACAUACCACUACCACAAAGAGAGGUAAUAAUGCUUCAAGAGAACAAAUACGGAGACACCAUUACCAACGUUAUGCCAAUGGAUAAAACAUACCAAUUCGGCAUGUACACAACUCUAAAAGAUGAGUGUGUUACUGACACUGAGGAAUUUUCAUGUACUGAUGAUUUGGACUUUCAAGUUACUGAAGCCGACAUGCGUUCACCAUCUCCUUCGCCAAGUAAUGUCCUGGUUGAAUCCGAUGUCACUGUAGCAAACGAAGUGUUAAAAACCCAGCAAAGCAAACGAUUAGAAAUUAUUUCCAAUGCCGAGUCGGUCACCGACGUUGAAGAAAUUUAUGUAGCGGGAACAAACAGCCGUAGAAAAAAAUUGAAACGCACCCAAUCCAAGGGCAAAUCCAAAUAUUUAGAAACUCCAAAAACAACUACUCAAGAAAACGGUGGCGGUACUGAUAUCGAAGAUAUGGAUCUUAGUGAAAGUGGACUGCCCGGCAACUUUAAGUGUGUUAAGAAACCUGAACCAAACCGUCAAUCAUAUCAAUCUCAUUCUGACAAGGUUACCGACGUAGAGGACAUAACUGCCGAUGACGUGUCAUCCGUGUCGGAAUCUGAACUGCCUCCAAUAGAUAUAAACACUUCCAACUUCAAAGACUACGAAGCAAGUAGCAAAAAUAUUGUGGUCACAUUGGAGACUUGUGUUUCCAAAAACCAUAAGAAAUCAAACAAUACCCAACAUUUACGGGACAGUUGUCUUACCACACACCACAAUCAGCAGCAGCAACAGCAGCAGCAAACAGAUGUCGAAGACGUUCAAUUCCCAUCAGAUGCAGAGGAAUGCAUGACCAACAGCGUACCAACAGUUGACAGUUGUGUAUGCCGCGAACUAAGCGAAAUGCUUAACGAGAGCUGUACAACCGUUCACGAAAAAUGUAUCAAUAGUUUCAAUAUCGAUGCCGAGAAACUACACAUUAAGGGUAUGCCACGCGAAUCUCACACUGACAUUGAAUAUGUAGAGUCAGAUGAAUCGGCCGCUAGAGGCAGCAAAUAA